GAUGGAAUUUUCGUUCGAACGAGGGCGGUAUUGAUAUUCUAUAAUAAAAGUAUAUACUUCAAAUCCGAAAAAAAAAAAAAAAAAAUCUGAAUCGGGAAUUUCUUUAUGAUAAAAAUUUGUUAUUUAUAUACUGUCGGCGAAAGUAUCUUUGAACAGUUUUAAUUCCCGUGAGAUUGUCUUCACAUUGUAGGGAUAUUUUUAUAUUUCUUGACGUAUAAUCUAAAAGAUGAGAUGUAAAGAAAAACGUAGAAAUACGAAAGGUUCAGUUUUAUUUCUAACUAAAAUAUACCACCAAUAACAAUUUAUUAUUAAUAAUAUGUCGUAUUGGAAAAUUCCGAAUCAAUUUUUGGUGGAUUUUUGGCGUGAAACAAGCCCAAGUCACCUUCCCAUCAUUGGCAUCACGUUGGUGCAUGGAAACUGAAGACCACGCGCCUGCCUAACGACAUCGAAUGGUUCAAGGACAUCGGCCUUUGGUGACGUCAUGAACUAUGAUCUAUGAGUGUGAGAUUUGUUUAAAGGUGGAUAUAAAGUAGAGGAUUUAUCCUUGAUGUGUUUUUGUUUCGUUUUAGACAUAGAAGUGAAAAUUAUUAUUUGUGGAAGUUAAAAUUGAGUUUUGGAGGAAUGAACGGGAUCGAGAUAUAUCAUAAGAAAAGUUUUUAAUGUUUCUUUUUCGAUCUAUAUUCAAAACAUGCAAAUAUCUAGCGACAAAAAUUCCAUGUUUAUUUAUGCGAAAGAAAAAUCUAAAUCCCAUGAUAAAAGUACGCCGAUAAGGGUCAGCGUAAUUUUAUAAGUAUAUAAAGAAGGUAUAGAUACGGAUACGUUUCAUCUUUUGACCGACAUCCAUUCAGAAAUCAUCGUUUCUCAGAAUAUUUUCGGAAAUUAUGAAUUCUUAUGUGAGAAGUAAUGGUCUCUAUCCGGUAUUGAUAGUGUUUUUAAUAGCGUGGUUGAAUAUAUGCAGCAGUUACGGACAACUCACUUUUUCGAAAGGUUGGAAAGUUGGGAAACGUACUGAUGACGAAACGGACGCCCAAUUGAAAAUAACCACAAACGCGCUUUGUCAGUUUCUAUUGAGUCAAAUUCGGGAUAUUUUUCCUUGUGAAAACCAUCAAAUAUCCAACAAACAAUUCGAAAGUAUACUGAACAAUCAAUUAUAAAAAAAUAUUCAAAAAAAAACAGCUACUGGUUAUUAAUUGUUUUGAAACGUGUAUAAACAUGUCGAAAUAAAAGUUGUGUAAAAGUUCGACGAUU